AUGGUCUACCGCGUAAUGGUCUUCGCGCCUCGCAAGGCCAACAUAUCACAUGAAGAAUUCAAAACCCGCUACGAGCAGCACAUGCGCAUGAUAGCCGAUAUCUGCGGCGACGCAGCGCCUGUCUCCCACACACGGUCGUAUCUGAAGCAUGAUGCAAGCUCCAAUCCGAUGCUACUGGCAGGAAGCGUUGGCGAGACCUACGAUGCCGUCGUGACCAUGUCAUUUGAGGAUGAGGCUGGCUUUGGCAGAUUCUGUCAGGCGUUGGGCACGCCGGAGGCUCAGGCGAUGAUUGAGGCCGAUGAGGCGGGAUUUUGGGAUCGGGAGAGAAUGAAGGUUAUGGUUGUUGAGGAUGUGAGGGGGCUGGAGUAG